CCAAUGUCAAACUCUCGGACGUGGCCAAUCAUUAUCGUCACAGGCGCAAACAGCGGCGUGGGCUUUGGCAUUUGCCAGAGGUUGCUCGUCGAGCUCUCUCAAACAUACCCUGACGACGCGCAGCCAAGUUAUGGGUUCCACAAUCAGCAGGGUGCUGACGAGAAAUUUGCUGCCUGUGAAGGUCUGACAUUGAUUUUGGCCUGCCGGAGCAGGCAGCGUGCAGAGACCGCUAGAGACCAACUGUUCAAGUUCCUCGACGAUCACCUCGAGAAACGGUGUCGCAUAGGCACGCUCAACUCACACGCGACUGCGUUCAGGAAGAAUUUGGAGAUUGACAUCCACACAAUUGACCUUGCAAGCGUCCAUAGUAUCUUCUUGUUCGCGGAUGAAGUAUCGCAGAAAUACCCAUACAUUUCGCACUUGGUUUUCAACGCCGGUCUAGCCUGUUUCUCAAGAAUUAACUGGAGCGCCGCCAUUCAACAACUUGCAUGCGACUGGGUCAACGCAGUGACAGCGCCGGCGUUCUAUGUGCAGGACGUUGGCAAACUCACGCCGGACCACCUGGGUCUCGUUUGGCAGUGUAAUGUUUUUGGGCAUUAUGUUCUGUUCCGACUUCUCGAGAAAACUCUGGCCAAGUGUUCAAAUCCCACAGGACCGCGAGUUCUCUGGAUGUCCUCUCACGAAUCAGAUUCUACGUUUUACGACCCUCAAGACUGGCAACUCAUCAAGUCGGCACAUUCUUACCAGUGUUCAAAGUACCAGAUUGACAUGAUGUCUCUCCAUCUUGACCGCCAGGCUGUAGAAAUGCACUCGGCUGACUCUCAGUCACCCGUCAUCCGUCACUUCACGGUACUUCCUGGAGUCGCUGGGACAAACAUUGCUAGCUCGCUUUUGGGGCCUUUGAGUUCAAUUGGCAUGUUUCUUGCUUUCUACAUUGCGCGGGUGCUGGGAUCUCCCUACCAUUUAAUUUCCUCGUAUAAAGCUGCUGUCUCCGCUGUUCACCUCUGCCUUGUCCCUUUUGUGUUUCUCCCGAUGAUAAACUUAAAGGCUACGUCGACAAACGGCCACGCCAAUGGAUCGCCAUCCGAAGCCGGAGUACGAUACGUCUCUCAGUGUAAUCGAUGGGGCAAAGAGGGUGUAUCCUCUUCGAAGCUGUACGAAUCGAAAGAAGAAGAAGUACAGACCAACGAGUUGAUCGAGAAAUGUGAAACCUUAUUUCGGACUUUCUGUGAGGCAGAAGGCCGGAAAACCGUAGCUUAAACUCUGUUCUACUUGUUGACUUCAUUGAAUACUUAUGUUGGCUUUGAACUUUAGAUCUUUACACAUAAUAUUUAAUUAUACCUUUCAACGCAUGUCAUGGGCCGCUGCUCUCCAAAUAGGAUGUUCU